CUUUAAGCCUUUACCUCUUCACACCAAACCCUCAUGGCUUCUCUCUCCCCUCAACCAACGCUCAUUACCACCAAGAAAGUGGCUGGGACCGGCACCAGCACCACCAAUCCCACCUUUUCUUUCUGUUCUUCCUUUCCAAAAAGGCCUCAAAUUUCAAAAGCUGGAAAGAGGAGCCAUCACCUUGGUCCUAGAGUGGCAUGCAAAGCCACCAAUGGCGACCAAAAAGAUGGACAGCCUCUUCAAGGGAAAUUCGAUAGGAGAGACGUGCUCCUUGGCCUCGGAGGCCUCUACGGUGCUGCCAGUCUUUACACUGAUCCCUUUGCCUUGGCAGCUCCGGUGUCCGCGCCGGACCUAACACAAUGCGGCCAGGCAGACUUGCCUGCCGGGGCAAAACCAACCAAUUGUUGCCCCCCACUACCAUCCACAAAGAUCCUAGACUUUAAGCUACCUUCCCAAAACUCCCCCUUGCGUGUUAGGCCCGCCGCUCAUUUGGCUGACAAGGAAUACAUAGCCAAAUAUAAAAAAGCUAUUGAGCUCAUGAAAGCCCUCCCAGCCGACGACCCACGUAAUUUUAUGCAACAAGCCAACGUUCACUGCGCCUAUUGCGACGGGGCAUACCACCAAGUCGGUUUGCCAAACCUUGACCUCCAAGUUCACAACUCUUGGCUCUUCUUUCCGUUUCAUCGCUACUACCUCUACUUCUACGAGAAGAUCUUGGGAAAGCUGAUCGGCGAUCCCACCUUCACCUUGCCAUUCUGGAACUGGGACUCCCCUGCUGGCAUGCAAAUGCCAGCCUUGUUUGCCGAUCCCAAGUCAUCCCUCUAUGACAGUCUCCGCAACGCUAAUCACCAGCCGCCGACUCUCCUCGACCUUGACUACAACGGUACCGACGUGUCAUCGACAACUCAAGACCAGCUCUCCAGCAAUCUCAACAUCAUGUACCGACAAAUGGUUUCCAACGGCAAGAACGCUCAGCUGUUCCUCGGCAGCCCUUACCGUGCCGGAGAUGAGCCCGACCCGGGUUUUGGCUCAAUCGAGAACAUUCCUCACGGUCCUGUCCACAUAUGGUGCGGUGACAACACCCAGCCUAAUCUUGAGGACAUGGGGAACUUCUACUCCGCCGCUAGAGAUCCAAUCUUUUUCUCUCACCACUCCAAUGUGGACCGAAUGUGGACCGUAUGGAAGACUCUAGGAGGGAAACGAACAGAUUUCACAGACCCAGAUUGGUUAAACGCCUCGUUCAUCUUCUACGACGAGAAUGCUCAGCCUGUUCGUGUUAAGGUUAAGGACUGCCUUGAAACUAGUAAGUUGGGUUAUAAAUAUCAAGAUGUGGAUAUUCCAUGGCUGAAAACCAAGCCGACUCCACGCAAAUCUAAGAUCAAGAAAGUAGCGAAGUUUUUGCAUAUAGGACAUGGGGAUGUAGCACUUGCGGCUGAAACAGCGGCAAGCGUUAAGUUUCCAGUCGUUUUGGACAAGGUGAUAAGUACUGUGGUGGCUAGGCCGAGGAAAUCCAGGAGCCGGAAAGAGAAGGACGACGAGGAGGAGGUGUUGGUGAUUGGAAACAUUGAGUUUGAGAAAGACGCGUCGUUGAAGUUUGACGUCUAUAUUAAUGAUGAGGACGACGUUCCUAGUGGGCCAGACAAGUCGGAGUAUGCAGGAAGCUUUGUGACCGUGCCGCAUAAGCACAAGCACGGGAAGAAGACGAGCACCUGCUUGAGGUUAGGGAUCUCUGACUUGUUGGAGGACUUGGAUGCUGAAGAUGAUGACACCGUGGUGGUGACUUUGGUGCCACGGUAUGGGAAAGGGCUAGCCACCAUUGGUGGAAUCAAGAUUGAGCUUCUUUCUAUUAUAAAUAUCAAGACCCUUAUCCAUUACCUUCACGCCAAAACCACCCAAUUAAUGGACUCUUUCUCCCGUCAGCCAACCCUCACACCCACCCAGGCGGUGCUUGGCACCGCCACCUCCACCAACACUCCCACUUGUUCUUUCUUUCCAAAAAGGCCCCAAACUUCAAAAGCUGGAAAGCAGAACCAUUUUGUUCGUAGAGUGGCAUGCAAAGCCACAGAUGGUGAUAGCUCCAACGACCGACAACCUCCUCAAGGGAAAUUCGACAGGAGAGAUUUGCUAAUUGGCCUCGGAGGCCUCUAUGGUGCUGGCAAUCUUUACAAUCGGGCAGGGGCAAAACCAACCUCAAAUUCUGUAGCGCUUGCGGCUGAAAAGCCUGCAAGCGUUGCGUUUCCGGUCGUUUUGGAAAAGGUGAUAAGCACUGUGGUCCCUAGGGGCAGGAAAUCGAGGAGCCGGAAAGAAAAGGAAGACCAGGAGGAGGUGUUGGUGAUUGACGGCAUCGAGGUUGCGAAAGAUGCGGUGGUGAAGUUCGACGUUUAUAUUAACGAUGACGAAGAGUCGCCUAGCGGGCCAGACAAGACGGAGUUUGCCGGAAGCUUUGUGAACUUGCCGCAUUUGCAUACGCGUGAGAAGAAGAAGAAGACCAGCCUGAAGCUGGGGAUCACCGACUUGUUGGAGGACUUGGGAGUUGAUGACGAUGACAGCGUGGUGGUGACUUUGGUUCCACGGUCUGGGAACGGGAUAGCCACCAUUGGUGGAAUUAAGAUCGCGCUUCUUUCUUGAGCUUGAGAUUUCAACAAUAAAUAGCUGUUUUUUAGGUCCUUACUUUCGCCAUUAUCGUGUUCUACUCCUGCUUGUUUCAAUUCCUGCGCUUGAUUGUUAUAUGUUAUUGCUCGAUCGAGGAAUUAAUUGGACAAUUUUGUGUA